AUGGAGCGCACGAUGAUGGCGUCGCCGUCGCGGGUGGGGGCCAGGGGGGACGUGCGUCGCGGUCGUGGCGUCGCGCCGGGCCCGGGGGGGCGCGCACCUGCGCACAGGGCGCCCCGGUUGUCGCGGCAUGGGGCGGACCGGGGGUGCAGGCACCGGGCUCGGUCGGUGCUGACGGAGCGGAUGAUGGAGCUGACGAAGGACGCCGGCGUGCGGUACCCCACGCCGGCAGAGGUCGUGCGAUCGCGGUCUCAGGUCAAUCUCGUGGCAGUGAUCGAGGGCGGGGCGCGCAGCCCGUACGGCCCGGACUGGAAGGACGUCCUCGGCCACGUCGCCAUGAACGUCGGCUUCCUCGACGACAAAAUCAAGCUCGACAUCGUCGAGGUGAACGAUCUGGUGAAUCCGGACCGGAAGGGGGCGGCGAGCGAGGCCAUCCGGUCCGCGGACGCCGUCGUGGCGGUAGCGCUGCAGGGCCCCUCCCCCGCGCACGCCAAGCUCCUGGAAAUCGCGCAGGGCGUCACGGAGCGCAUCGCCGUCGACUGCAGCAGCGACCUCGAGCGCAAGCUCACCAGCGUCGGCGGCUUCCAGCCCACCUUCGAAGGCCCCGCGCACCACAUCUACGACGCGCCGCUGCGGCAGUCCGUCCUGAGCCGCGUCCCCGUCGUGGGCCGCACGACGGCGCGUCGGCUGCAGGGCGCGAAGGUGUUCGAGACCAUGCAGGAGCUGUGGUCGCGGCGCAACUCGGACGACAUGGUCUUCGCGAUGCUCCUGCUCACGGACGAGCUGAUCCGCCCCGUGGACGUCCUCCCGCGGCAGGACCCCGGCCUGAUGGGCGUGUACAAGAUGCUGCGGUGGUGCAGCGGGCCGGUGCUGGCGUGCGUGCGUGACCCCGAGUGCAAGGCCGGGCUCGACGCGCUGACGGCGGUGGGGAUCAACGACCAGGUGGCGUCGUACCGCACGAUCGUGAGCUACGAGACGAAGGAGUUCGAGGAGUUCUCGCUGUGCGUCCUCCAGAAACACAACUGCCUGGGGAACACCGCGCUGCUGCCGUCGAUGCCGGACCCGCCGCCGAUGGAGCGGUGGCGCGGGCAGGAGCUCACGUGGGAGCUCGCGGAGCGCAUCCUGUUCGGGUGGCUCGUGGCCGACGAGGCCACGGGCGGCGAGAGCGACGACUCGUCGUGGAUGGUCGUUGGGGGCAAGAACGCCGCGUACGACCAGUUCCCGUGCCAGUUCCAGCUGUUCUACCGCGGCAAGGGCAAGCACGUGUUGUGGUACGACCCGGUCUUCAAGGUCACGAAGCUCGACGGCGAGCAGGUCUGGCGGCGGCGGCACUACCGCGUCAGGCGCGGGAGUACCCCGGGGCGGUUCUUCUUCUCCGUGCUCGACAACGGCGUCACCAGCAACGAGUACUGGCGCAUCAUCGACGCCGCGGACGACCUCUCCUUCGCCGUCUUCUACUACUCCGGCGCCGCCAGCGCCGCCGGGAUCUCGUACCAGGGCUCGGUGGUGGCGACGCGCGACGGCACGUGGCCGGGCAAGGAAGGGCGCGACCGGAUCGACGCGGCGCUGCGGGCCGCCGGGAUCGAGCCGUGGGAGCUGUCGACCGUCGACAACAGCAGCUGCACCGGGUGCGCGGAGCUCCUGGCGUCGCGCGAGGGUAUCUGA